AUGGUAGUGAGGUCGAUGGCCCUGUACGGUGCACCCAUUUGGGUAGAUGCCCUUAGCGCCGAAAACCAAAUACUUCUACGAAGACCUCAAAGGAUCAUGGCGAUAAGGGCCAUCAGAGGAUAUCGCACCAUCUCCAGUGAUGCGGCAUGCGCCUUGGCCGGGACCCCGCCCUGGGAUCUGGAGGCAAAAGCACUGGCGACCAUAUAUAGGCGGAUUUCGGAAUCUCGAGCCAGAGAUCAGGAGCCUAUGCUCGAAGAGGUGAAGCGCUGGCGGACGAAUGCUCGCGUUGUCGUUCUCCGAAAAUGGGGUGAGAGGCUAAGGAAUCCAUGCGCCGGUCACUGGACAGCCGGAGCUAUCCAGCCUGUCCUUAAAGAAUGG